GUCCGCCCCGUUGUGUCGCUGAUGUUCGUAACACUGAAAUCAGGCGACUUUUUUUCCUUCUGAGUAACUGCAACAACAAAAAAAGCCACUGAAGCCAAAGGGAAGAGCCACGGAGCACGCACCGUGACCCUCCACGACACAGGACCCAAACCUGAAAGCAUGAUGAAGCACACGCGCAGUUGGUGCCAGGCCUCUCCCUCGGCGGCCGCUGGAGUGAAACCCGGCGGCUCGUACCCGAUCCAAACCAGGCGAGGCCUCCGUCUCAAAAGGGCCAACGACCAAGACGCCCCUGGCCCGCCGAGCAAGAGCCAGCCGGGCCCGCGACGGGUCGAGAUGUACCGUGCCAAAAUGACCAUGCCCCCGACCAUCGUCAUCCAGCGGCAGGAAAUGGCAUCCUUCUUCAGACUUUUCGACGAUGACCUGGUCCACGACUUUCUGUGGAUGGACUGUUGCUGUAAAAUUACUGAUAAGUACCUUCUGGCCAUGACCUUCGUGUACUUCAAAAGGGCCUGCUUUACUAUCGCUGAAUACACCAGGAAGAAUUUUUUCAUUGCACUGUAUCUUGCCAACACCAUGGAGGAGGACGAGGAGGAGAGCAAGUACGAGAUCUUUCCAUGGGCGCUGGGCAAGAACUGGAGGAAGCAGUUUCCCCGCUUUCUUAAGCAGCGAGACAAGCUGUGGGCUCGUGUCGAGUACAGAGCUGCCGUCAGCAGGCGCUGCUGCGAAGAGGUGAUGGCCAUUGUGUCCUCUCACCUUCUGUGGCAGCGAGAGCGGUCGGAGCACCACAGCGGUGCCCGGCGGCAAUACGGGGGCGGAGUUCGCAUCCCCCGCGGGCCCCUGGCCCUCCCGGUCUCCUGUCCGCUCUGUAAGCGGGGAGCCGUGUCGGAUUGGAGCUGUUCCGCUUCUCCCACCGGAGGCUCCUUGGCGCAGACCCCGAACCCCGCAGUGCCCCACCCGUUCACCUCCACGCUGAGCGUGGAGGUCACGCCGCCUCGGGCUGCCGCCUGUCACAGGAAGGCAGCGGAGAUGGAAAUCCACACGCAGCAUUCCUUCUGCUGCAGUGCUGAGGUUCCCAGGGACGAGUCCUCCUGUGGGUCCUCGUACGACCCCUCCAUGGACUGGAUCAGUGAGGAGUAGAGCGCCAGGC